AUGGAGACAGCGGCCUAUGCUAAGAAUACCAGGAAUGAAAAGGUUUUGAACUGUUUGUAUCAAAAGCCUGAUGCAGUUUUCAAGCUGAUUUGCUUUCCCUGGGCAGGAGGCGGCUCCCUUCAUUUUGCCAAGUGGGGCCAAAAGAUUAGCGGCUUAUUGGAAGUGCAUGCUGUAAGACUGGCUGGAAGAGAAACCCGAUUUGAAGAACCUUUCGCAAAUGACAUCUACCAGAUAGCUGAGGAGAUUGUGACCGCUCUGUUGCCUAUCAUCCAGGAUAAAGCUUUUGCAUUUUUUGGCCACAGUUUUGGAUCCUACAUUGCUUUUGUUACUGCGCUGCAACUAAAGGAGAAAUACAAGAUGGAGCCGCUGCAUCUCUUCGUGUCCAGUGCAUCCGCCCCUCACUCAGUGUUCCGGCCCCAUAUUCCUGAUCUUAACAAAUUAUCAGAAGAGCAAGUCAGAGAUCACCUUCUGAUCUUUGGAGGCACUCCCAAGCAUCUCAUCGAAGACCAGGAUGUUCUGAGGCAAUGCAUUCCUCUGCUGAAGGCAGAUGCUACCAUUGUGAAAAAAUUCAUCUUCAACAAACCUUCCAAAGCUCUUCUUUCUCGGGACAUAACGUGCUUUAUUGGAUCUGAAGACGUAAUAAAGGAUAUAGAAGGCUGGAAAGACUUAACCAGUGGGAAGUUUGACGUCUGCAAGCUACCAGGGAAUCACUUUUAUCUGGUGGAACCAGACAACGAGAGCUUUAUCACGAACUACAUAGCCAAGUGUUUGGAAUUCUCCUCCCUUGACUGCUUCUAG